AUGGCUGCUAAGAUUUGCAGAGGCCAUUGCGCUGAAAGCCCCGUGAUGCCAGCAACAGGAAGUCUACAUCAGUCUGGGAUUGCCCUGGUCACCACCUACACCGGGACAACCACCGUAAACACGGUCAACUUGGAUCUGGGUAACAUUUGUUCACAAGGCAGUUCGGAAGAUUGGGAUCCUUUAUUGUCGUUCAUUGGCAGUGGUGUUGUAUCGGCCGCGCCGGGGAUUCCAUUGAAUUUUACGCUCUGUAUUAAUACAACAGCAGGAAGUCAGCUUCCGAAAGGAUUUCUUGAAUUCGCUUGCGACGGGCAAAAUGAAGCGCGGUGCACAUUCGUCAAAUGCGUGGCGAAUUUUGGAUUUAAUAUGGUCGAGAUGCAGAAUGAUCCAUUUCCAUCGGUGAUCGACUCCACAGUGCCAACGAAUCAGUUAAAUCGUUUAGCGUUUCAGUUUGGUACUGUGGUGAACACGGCGGCAACACAAUCCGUGAGAAAGUCUGUUCCGGACUCCGAUGUGAUCUACGCUCGAAUCACUCUUAUCUUGGCGGACAGUCUGGAGGCAAACAACAAUGCCCGCAUACCGAUCAGAGCCACGUUAUCGCUGGAUAGUUCAAAUUACACAAACACCGGUCAAAUUGUUGUGAAGUUGAACAAUACGGAACAGGUGAAAAUUGGUUUGAACUCAUCGGUCAAGCUGGGACCAAAUCCAUAUAGUUUGGUCUAUCCCGGGUAA